AUGCUAAUAUAUGGCAGUGCUGCUAAUGAGCAGGCUGCCAAUUCCCUACGAGAGUGCAUACCGGACCUCCAGUCCGUACAAGCAGAUGAGCAGAAUACUCCUGAGGACACCUUCCAGGCGCAGAUAUGCUUAGCGUGGCUAUUCUGGGAGCUCUCUGACCCAGAGGAGGCGGCGGCAAACCUACCCCAGGAAUUCGAGAGAACCGUACGGUCUUUGACUACCGGCGAGCAGUCAUUGUCCCCAUGGACACAAGUGUGUAUUGUACAGGGGGGUUAUUUGAAAGGUGCUGCGGAGGAGCUGUCUUCAGGGAAAGAACACGCGUUGCAGACCUUCAAAUCGACCUUUUCGUGGGCGGCCACCCCUGCAUCUUCUGAUAUCUCGAAUCCUCAACUUUUGUUCUGGUCCGAACAGUAUCUGGCGAGGGCCUCAAUGCUGGCCUAUGAGCUGUUUAUAUCCAAAGCGCCAAAUUACGACGAGGCAAACUUGGAAUUCGGGCUACGGUCUCUUCGUCUUUGGGCGUCACAUCCUGAUAUAAAAGGCAGUGACCCUGCGGUGGCUGCAGACAUCACACCAACGAAUUCAAGUUCAAAAACCUCAUUAUGGCGAGCAUACUAUGAUCUCCUUUCUAUUGUUUUACAAAAUGACCUCCAAUACCCACCCAUGUCGGAUGCACCAAAACGUGUUCAGCUCUCAACUGAGUUUCGAAGGAUAGAGGCAACUUGCGAAAACGUUCUCCUCAGGCACUCCAAGUUCCCGAAGGCUAAUGUUUCUAAUCAAGAGGUUGAGCUAUGGGUCAAGCAAGUUAUUCACAAUUGGGAAGUAUUCUGUAGCGCGGAAUGGUGCGAUGAUGAUUUCGGAGAGGGAGGUCAAGGUGCCAUCUCCCGCAAUGUUUUGGAUAUAUUAUAUCGCGCUGCAACCAAGACGUUUCACUCCACGUUAAUUCUCAGAGAACUUUUUCACGUGCAUGCAGCUCUGGCCGAGUUUGACUUGGCUCUUCAUGCCCUGGAUACAUAUAUUCAUCUUGUGAAAGACGCAAAAGAGAGAUCUGAACAUUCCAGCCACAUCAGGGAGGUCGAAGAUCCGGCACUUUUCAUCUAUACCCUAGCCGAGGGAUUGAUUAUGCUAUGCUGCUUUGGGUCGCGAAGAGAGGCAGAGAAAGUUAAACGGUUUACUGACCUGUUAGAUGAAGCACUGAGUGAACGAAUACAAACAAAUGGCCAUGGUCCAGUUCAAUCUAGUGCCCAACCCGGUGGCACCAGCAUUCCUACUCAGUGGGUCUCAUUUGCUUAUAGGGCUAUUGGCAUUGGCCUCGCUACAUGGGCAAGAUGGACUCCUAUCAGCGAAUCCAGAGCCGAGCUCCAAGCCAAUGCCAUUUGUGCCUUGGAAAAAGCUCUGGUAGCCGAGGCUGAACAGGAACCCAAUCCUGCUACUGUAUUUGCUCUCGCUAUGCUACGUGCAGAAACAAGAGAUCUUGAUGGUGCCAUUGAACUUGUUCGUACGUCACUUAGCUCGUCCAAUGUCGAAGAUGACGCAGAGCAGGCGGACUCUCGCUCCAUCAUUAACUACGGGGAGAGAGAUAUUGUUCCACUAUGGCACUUACUUGCACUCUUACUCAGCUCAAAGGAGGAUUUUAAAACAGCGGCUAAUGCCUGUGAUGUUGUAUUUGAAAUGGUAUCGACAGAAAAACUGCUCCAUAAGCAAAGUUCUGUCCGACCCCUUCGAAGCCCAACUGGAAAGGAGGAGGCCUCCGUGGGUUUCGCAGGCGAUGGACAACAUUCGAGGUUUCCGGAUAUAGAGACACGCGAGCGGGAGAGCAUGGUUGAGUUACGCAUGACCCAACUUGCACUCAUGGAUGUCAUGCGUGGCCCCGAGGCUGCUCUGAAUUAUAGCGAUGAACUAAUAAGUCUAUUUGGCCGGCUUUUUGCUGGUGUUGGGCUAGUUGAUAUCGAGGGUAAAGUCAACUCAGACCGUCUAACUCCUCCUAAAAGCGCGUCUGGGACUGUUAGAACCGGGCGAGCUAGCAUCUUUGGCUGGAAAAAGAACCAGCGGCCUCCAGUAGACCAAGCGGGUCUGCUCCACGGUGAUACCGGUACAGCACCUGGAGCAGCGUCAGGAUUGACUGACAAAGAAGCUGCCGUUAUUGCACCCGCACCUGCUAUCCAAGUUACAAAUAAUGAUGAAAAAGGGUCUAGUCCAGUACAGCAUCGCGGUCGGUCUCGUCAGGGUUCUCUUCUACGAAAAGAAAAUAAGCUCACCCAGAAGAUCCAUCGCUUGGAAGGAAGCCUGACCAACACAGCCCCUGAAAAGAAGCUGGCUUCAAAUGAACAGAGUGACUCUGCAAGGCAAGCCCUGCCACCUGUAUACCAUAAUAUGAAACACACGGAAGAACCAGCUCCUGCUGGUCAUCCACACCAGCCACCAAUACAGGACGUUAGGAUGCCUACAGCUCGCCAAUCCGGGCCCCUGAAUAAAGCAUUAACUAGGUUCCCAAGAAUCCAGGAGCAAAAGCAUUCCCUCAGCUUGCUUGUUAAAAUAUGGCUGUUCAUCUCCGACCUUUACCGCAAGGCCUUACUACUUGAAGACGCUAUGGAAGCUUGCAACGAGGCAUCAACGCAUGCUACUCGUAUUGAAGGACUUGUUGCAGCUCAGGAGUCAUCUACUCGGGCUUUUGCUGAUGAAGGGUGGGGUGGCACAAAGUCCCCAGACGAAAUAUGGGGCGAUAUCUACGCCGAACGCGGUUACAUCACCCAGGCGCAAUCGAAACCAUAUGAAGCCAUCAAACAUUUCGAGGAAGCACUUAUGCAUUAUCCAGACCACCCACGUGCAACGGUUGGUCUGGCUACUCUCCUACUUGAUAUCCACGGCCAGACACUGCCCGCAGAAGAGUCAUCGUCGCCCCCAUUACCCGAUAUUUCAAACAUAUCCCUUCAUUCACCAUCCUGCCAACAGGAAACAAAUGCUCCAAACGGAAUUAGUGCAAACGUUGAGCCUACAACUACAUCACCUGACGACACGCCUGAGUCUCUUAAUCGCCUUGCUGCGAGAGAUAGGGCUUAUGGGCUGCUUUCUACACUUACUAAACUCGGCACUGCUUGGGACAACUCAGAAGCAUGGUUUGCCUUGUCUAGAGCGUACGAGCAAGGAGGCCAGAUUGAAAAGGCAAAGGAGGUGUUAUGGUGGUGUAUUGACCUUGAGAACGGCCGGCCGGUUCGGCAUUGGUGGAACGUUGGUUCCGGUGGCUAUGUUCUUUAA